GACGAUCAUGCCUUUUUCUUGUGACACUCACUCAAUCGGACCAUAAAAUACCUUUGCAUUUGUUCCUUCUGGCAGAACCCUGGGAAUAUUCAGAAGGAACACAGUUGGGGGGAAAAAUGAUGGCUUUUGGGACAAACAAAAUCUCCUCAGCUUAAGCACUUUUGCCUACUCCUGUCUGGAUUCCCUACAUGUUAGGCAUGCAAAGCCUUUCCUUCGCCUACCAGAACCUUGAGGAGAUCCCAUACACCAGCAUUCUCCUACACAGAGACACCCUGGAAGUACUGGACCUGAGUAACAACAGCCUGCAGGAAAGCCCAUCUUUGCUGGGGUCUCUGGAUAAACUCAGCACCCUCAUUCUGGACUGCAACAUCUUCACAUCUCAUGUAAAGUUUCCAUAUAUGCCAAGCAUGACCACAGUGUACAUCAACAAGAAUCGCAUACGAAACCUGCCAAUAUUUGUGGAAGAGGUCAAGAAAAAAUUCCCAAACAUCAGAAUGCUCAGCAUGAUGAAUAAUGAAGCCGCACCGAGCUAUUUUAAUGGCGGCACGCUGAAGCAGUAUGUAGAUUACAGGCAAUAUGUGAUAAGCCAGAUCCCAGGUUUGCAAGUCCUUGAUGACCACAAAGUACUGGAAAAUGAGCGCAUGGAAGCAGCCAAAGUAUACAGAUAUCAUAAAUCUGUAAAGUCCCAGAAAAGAAAAGGCACAACUACCUGAGACGAUCACCAUGACACCCAGCACAUUUACUGUACCCUUCUGUCAGGACCAUCCAUUUGGAAUUACUCUAUUAAAAAAAAUA